GCGCAAAAGGCCAUUUUCUGUCGCGUGUGCGGCCUCUCUUCCUCUACCGCCAUCAUGGGUCGUAUGCAUGCUCCUGGAAAGGGCUUGUCCCAGUCAGCUCUGCCGUACAGGCGCAGUGUCCCCACUUGGUUGAAACUCACAUCCGAUGAUGUCAAAGAGCAGAUCUUCAAGCUGGCCAAAAAGGGUCUGACCCCCUCUCAGAUUGGUGUUAUUCUGAGGGACUCCCAUGGUGUUGCCCAGGUACGUUUCGUUACUGGCAACAAGAUCCUAAGGAUCCUCAAGUCCAAGGGCUUGGCCCCUGAUCUGCCCGAGGACCUUUACCACCUCAUCAAGAAGGCUGUGGCUGUCAGGAAGCAUCUGGAGAGAAACAGAAAGGACAAGGAUGCCAAGUUCCGCCUGAUUCUUAUUGAGAGCAGGAUCCACAGGCUGGCCCGUUACUACAAGACCAAGAGGGUACUGGCCCCCAACUGGAAGUAUGAGUCCUCUACAGCUUCUGCUCUGGUGGCAUAAACUCUACACAUUUUGGUUUAAUAAAACAGUUUAAAUUGGGAAUUUUUCUGUUUUUAUUACGGUCAUGGUCAUCCCCAACCCCAAAGCAGGCAAAUGCCUUGCAGUGACAGCAGCGCCAUCAGUGUGUGUGUGUGUGUGAGUUGAGGCCAUGUAUGGCUGCCUCGGGUCUGUAUCGGACACAAAUUCAUUGUUUGUAACCUGCUUGACCAAUAAAAGUAAAUUUAUCAUUAAUCAUCCAA